CAGCGCCCGCCCACUCCCUCAGCGCCCUUCCCAAGCGGGCACUCGGUGACAUUGUGCGCCAGCGCCGCGGCCGCCGUGGGUGCUGUGCGUCGGCGGAGCAGGCAGUCAUGAUGAGCCUCCGCGGCCUGCGCCUGGCGGCGGGACAUUGUUUUAGGCUGUAUGAAAGAAACGCUUCUUCGUCUCUAAGGUUUACCAGAAACACUGACUUGAAGAGGAUCAGUAGAUUUUGCACCAAGCCACAAGAAAGUCCCAAAGCUACACCCGAGACUUACAGACACAGAGUGCCGCUGCACAAACCCACGGACUUCGAGAAGAAGAUACUGCUGUGGUCAGGCCGCUUCAAGAAGGAAGAAGAGAUCCCAGAGACGAUCUCGUUUGAGAUGCUUGAUGCUGCCAAGAACAAGCUCCGGGUGAAGGUCAGCUAUUUAAUGAUUGCCCUGACGGUGGCAGGAUGCAUCUACAUGGUCAUGGAGGGCAAGAAGGCUGUGAAGAGACAUGAGUCAUUAACAAGCUUGAACCUAGAAAAGAAAGCCCGUCUGAGAGAGGAGGCAGCUCUGAAGGCCAAAACAGAGUAGAAGCCUUCCUGCUGGAUCUGGAAAGCCCGGAGUAAGGUGGCAACACCAAGCCUGCACUAGAAAGGGUGUGAUAUGGAGAGCCACUUCACCUUGCACAGACU